CAUCUACCGCGGCGCCUAUCCCCCAUUCAUUGCAGCACGUAGGCCACUCGUGAACGAGGGUGGCCGCGCGAUGGUAAGCAUCCGUUUCGUCAUUGUCUGAAAUAUCGCCCACCCGCCUCCAAGCGCUGUUUAUAUUCACCGCAGCACCGCAACUCGCUUUCAAUUCUUCCCAUUUCCGUUCUUUCUCCCUUUUUAAAACUUUCUUUCUGAUUUCCUCGCUUCUUCGUGCUACUGGACGGUGGCUAUGUACUUCUUCUACGUCUUGAGCCUCGUUGCGUAGUGCAGUCUAACGCCACAUGCCAACCCCUACGAGACCAUGCCGCUGGACCGGCCGUCUAGUUUAACAAGGAACGAGCACACACCAACGCCAGUAGUCGCCAGAGCCCUCUCCUCCACGCUCCUGCCGCCGCAGCUGCGCGAAGCUGUACCAAACUGCGCCAAGCAGUGCCUCUCAACAUACAUUGCUGAAGAGUACAAAUGUUCCGGGAAUGGCUUCUCAUGUUUAUGCCAGACUUACAGCUCGGCUGGCUUCACGCUUGGUGAACUCGCAUACCUGUGUCUGCACGAGGACUGCUCAAACGCGACUCCGAGCCAGUCCACCGCUCUCUACGAUGUCUGCGCUGCUCAAACCAGUGCAGUACUGCCCACGCUCUCGGUCCUCGUUGCACCAACGACGACAAGGCUGGAAACUUCAUCGGCAACAGAAACUCAGAGAAGCCUCUCGACCAUCUCUUCCGCCACCGUACCCUCAUCUUCACGCAUCAAAACUUUCCGGGCAAGUCAGACCUUCCACCCAGCUUCCACGCGGGCCACGUCUUCGACUGUUGCCAGUGCGGCUGCUGCCGCUGCUACGUCACGCACAGCAAGCCCGCAUGGACUGAACAACUCUCAAACCGUGGGAAUCGUAGUUGCCGCAUUAGGCGGCGCCGUGCUACUGAUUGCUGCCGUUGUGCUCUGGAUCUUCUUGCGGCGGCGGAAGAAGCGGCAGGACGACAGAAACGAGACCGAGAAAAACUCUUACGACUUCAUCGACAAGCGUCCGUCAGUCUCUCCACCGGCGAGACCCAUCUACGAUCUGCUUGCCCGCGAGCCCACUUUACCACAACCUCUGGGCGUCCCAAUGAAUCAUGGGGAUGCAAACCAGACUUGGCAGCUACCUUCCGCGGAACACCCCUUACAAGUCGACGAACAGCCUACCAAUUUGCCAAGGAGUGAACAAGGGCAGCCAGACCCUCGGGCGUUGUCACUGCUAUUGCCAAAGAAUGCAACUAUGGCUCUUUCCCCCAAGCCGCAACAAGUACGCGCCAGAACCGACAAUGCUUCAGACUUACUACCACGCGAGGUAAGAUCAAUCACUGCCCCCCGAUUCAACGGGUUUGGUUUGCCUCCGAACCCGCGAGCGAUACAAAAUUCUCCCGCCUAUCAACAACCGAUGCAGAGACCGCAACCGUCUGCUGUGCUCCCAGAGCAACUAUCGCCAAACGUCAGACCUCCGCCACUGUCUUUGGACAUUCCCAGAUCUGCAGCCAGACCGGUUCCAAGACCACCUCUGAAGUCUCCCAUGAGAUCACCAGGAAUCCGUGCGCCCCUGCCAAAUGCAGGUGCAAUACCGUCCACGCGACCACAGCGGGGUGCGCCAUCCCCGAGGGCACUUCAGGCUCAUGCCGACACAGGCGGAGAAGGAUGUGUUUACGAGCAAUCAGCUUGGACCCCGCUAGGCUCGAGAUCCAGGGAUUCUUUUCUGAACUACUACGCCAGCCCGGAGGCCGGCGUGACUACUCCGCCAAUCCCGAUUGAGGGUCGUCCUUCUCAGUCAAGGGGUGUAUCUCACGGACGAAGAGCGGCACCCUCGAAAAUCAAGAUCCCUGAUUCAAGCAGCCUGAGACCGAUUGCACAAAGAGAGUCCGCUGGCUCAGAUACUUCGUUCGAAAGCACAGAUCUCGAAGAACCCGCUCGACCGCAUAAAGACCACAAGAAAUUCUCUGCGGGACGUGACAGGUCCUUCGCCCAAAGCUCAUCACCAAUCGCAGACCUACGCUAUCCCAAGAUCCCAAGGAGCACGAAUCAGACGAUUCCUCAAUCACUUCCCUCCAUGCUGGCAUCCCCGACAAAUCAACAGUCUUCUAGCAAUCGGACGCUGCCGAAGCCGUCACCACACGUCUAUCGUGCUUACUCGCCGAAUCCGCAGAAGCAAGAGGAGGAAUGGCCGCUCAAAAGCCCGGUGACGCCCAUCCGUCCGAUUAACACUGCAAGCCCGUCCCUCAGCGGCUCCACGCUCGCAGCGAAACGCAGAGGCAGUAGCGCGGCGCAAAGUCUUGAUCUCCGGCUGGAAAUCCCAGGCACCAACUUUGUCCCUGCAAAGGCCGUUUCGAAGCCACUCGAGCAUCGGAAGGAACGAUCUCGCAAUGCUCAAAAAGUGAACUACCGGGACCAUCCCUCGGUCGGCCACGGUCAAGCCGUUCGCAACAGUCCGCGGUCGCUCAAAGUCACAUCCAACACGGCCCAGUACACUCCACAUUCACUGCCACCGCGGAAGUCCAGCUUCGAAGACCCAGGGUGGAGGUCCAAGAUGACACCGGAGAAGAGAGGGGACGAUUUGUUCUUGCAGGUUGGCGUUGCUACGCCCAUGAACACUACAUUUGACGUGUAAUCACCAAGGGCAGGAGGAGAGGUGUACAAGAGGUUUCUGGUGCGAUUGUAGCUGGACGACAUGAUGAUACUGUAUUAUAUGACCAUUGACGAGGAGUGUAUGAUAGUCGAGGACAUUAGAACAAGAGUGAUAUGAAUGC